GAGCAGAAAAUGGGCCUAAAGCCGAUGAUCAAGUGGUUGAUGAUAUCCAACGGUGGCAAAUUGGCAAGCCCCGGACCGAAAUGCAAGCAUUGUUUCCUUUGCCCGUUCGCCUGGCCUUCCAUACCCCGUCGGGUCUCGGUCUUCGGAGCUAUUUUCCUCGCCGCUCUCAUUCCAGUCGUCCGGUUAGGGUUUCCACCCUUAAUUUCGUCAAGAAGAUGAGCACCUCGACCGCGGUGGCGGCGACGGCCGGAGAGCCCGCUCCGCCUCCGUCCGACGGCGGCGGAGAGCAGGGCGAUGUGAUUGUGCAGUACGUGGUCCUCCGGCGCGAUCUGAUCGACACGUGGCCGCUUGGGAGCGUCGUGACCCAGGGCUGCCACGCCUCCGUGGCCGCCAUCUGGUCCAACCGCGACCAUCCGGAGACCGCAGCCUACUGCUCUGAGUCCAACAUCGACUCCAUGCACAAGGUGACUCUGGAGGUGAAGGGGGAAACGCAGCUAAGGAACCUGUCGGAGAAGCUGGAGGCAGGAGGAAUCGGGCAUAAGCUGUGGAUCGAGCAACCGGAGAACUUCCCCACCUGUCUUGCCACCAGGCCAUACCAUAAAUCCCAAGUCGCCUCCUUCUUCAAGAAGCUUAAGCUUUGCAAGUGAGCCAAACAAAGCAUGGCCGGCCAUUGUUUGAUCUCGUUUCUUUUAACAGAGAAUCCACGGUGUUGCUGUGAUUCUUUUCCCUUGCUUCAGAGAAGAAUAUAAGCGUGGAGAUUGUGCUUUAUAAUUUCCAUAGACAUUUAAAAGCAUACUUUGUAUAUUUGCCCGAGGGU